AUGUUGAGCAGUCGCGGGGCUAUCACGACCAACGUGGCGCUCGCUGAGUGCGCCGCAGGGCAAAACACAUCGGAUAAGAACGUGUUCCUCUUGAGUGAGUUAGAGAAGGUCUGGGUGGCGGUGGCGGUAGUGGCACGUCGCCUGCUCCUCGAUGGCAGCGCGGUGCAAAUCGCACCAUUCGGCGCGCUGUGGGCCGAGGAGUACGUUCUGCUGCGCGAUCGGCAGCAAAACCCCUACAAAACGCGUAAGCUGUGCUUUGGCAUCAACCUCAACUACGCAAAUCGUUACGGUGUUGACACCGGCAAAGUGCCACUCGAGCGGCCUAGCGGGGAAGGCUAUGUGCGAGUGAGCAUGGCUGACAUAGUAGCAGUGUGCGGCGUGCCGGCGCGCACUGCCUCGGCUGCGCUCAAAGAGUUCUUUCUGUACCUUGGCGAGGGGCUUUCGCGCGGACGCGUGCUCCAGCUGUCGCUGCCGGGCGUCGCCACCAUUUCCAUGAAGAAACAGAAAGUGAUACUGAGCAUGGAUGGGGAGCUGUGCAUCGAAAUGUACGAGAUCGACAGCCGCAGGUGGCCUGGAGAACUGCAGCGCGAAGGGUAUGAGGCACUGCAGAAGCGGGCGGGCACGGCGACCUCCUCCGCGUUUAGCUCGGCGGCCGCGUCGCGUCCGUCGACGUCAUGUCUCUCACGGGCCAGUUGGCGUGCCGCCCCGGCGUCCACGACAGGCGACGGCGUAGAUGCGAGGAAGCCGGUCUUCAUCGCUGCCUCGCCGUCUGGUCGACUCUUUGACGAGAUCGCGCAGCAGGAAGAGCAGCGCAGAAGGGCGUCACACUCCGCCACGACCGCAGAGCGAGAGAUGCGCCGCCUCCAGGAGGACCUGGACCGGCGUAUUGAACGUUAUGACAGGUGCAGAUGCUAUGCUGAUCCCGUUGAAAAAGCGGUGAACUACACAGAGGUGGCCGGUGCAGACGACUUCGACAACGAGCUACAACGCGUCGGCCGACCACCGCCGAGUGCGUCCGGGGAGUCCGUCUACAACAUCAUCACUCGCUCUGAUCCUCGGGACACGGAAGCAGCCCCCAAUCAAUUUCACCACUACCAACAGCGUCAUCCCCAGUCGGCCGCUUCGGCACCCUCGCGCCACCACAACGUGGCGGCCAAUGACGAACCGGAGGUGGAGGUCAUAGAGAUCGUCGAUGACUCCGACAUGACGAAGCCGCCCACCGUGGCAGCAGAGAACCGCCCCCUCACUCGCAAGGACGCAGAACUAGAACGUAUUCUGCGCGACGAGGAGCCUUUUACCCGACCCAUCUCCCGCCGCACGUACCACGAGUCAAGUGCGGCACGGGAUCUGAUCUACUCUCAGCCGUACGAGGCGCCUUCACGCGGGGCGGGUUCAGCAGCAACAGUGGAGCCGUCACCGGCGACACACGAAAAGCACACCGCCAGCAUAGACACUAGUACACACACUGACACCCUCAUAGCAGCCACAAAGCCCGGGCAGACCCAUGAGGACGUACUCCGCUUUGGGCGCAAACGGUUUGAUUCAAAACAGUUUGACAGCGAUCACAUCGGAACUCUUCUUCAAUACCGCGAGUACUGA